CGGCCCUGCACGACUGCAGCAAGGCUAGCGAUGAGACGCGCGACGGCGGCCAGAUCUGAGCACGACGAGACGAGACGCACGACGGUGGAUGGCCAACGCAAAUUUCCAUCACCUCGCUCGAUCGGGACCAUGGAUCUGAGCGAACCCGGUCGAUCUUUUACCCGUACAAACCGAUCGACGCGGAUGCAGAUGGAGAAGGAGCUAAAGCUACUCAGCAACCAGGCCAGGUUCAUCUCCGCCAUCAUCAGCGGCGAAAUCAAGUACAUCCAGAGGAAGAUGAAGGAGCUGCUGCAGGACAUAAUGGACAAGGGGUUCGAUCCCAUCCUCAUAGUCAGAGAGGGGUCGCUGCCCGUGCCCGAUGACGAAGGUGAAGCUGCGGCAGCAGGAGAAAGCCCGGAUGAACAAGACCCCAGCAGCUGCUACUAUGAGUACCUCACCUCUAUGCCAAUGCGUUUCUUCAAUGACGAGUACCUGCAGCAGCAUCUUCUCAAGAGGAUAUCCGAGAUCAAGGAGGCGAUGACGCGCUCGUCUCACACUAAACAUAUGGAUGCUCAAUCGGAUCGAGAGGCUACCGGAAACGAUUGUGUGCCUCAAGCAGCAGCAACAACGCCCACGAGACGGUGUAAGAGGAGUGCAGCAGAAUCGGUGCCCAUAGAUGACGAUGCCAACGAUGAGGAAGCCGCCGCCCAACUGUACGAUUAUCUGGCCGCAAUUGUCGGGCUUGGCCCCCAACAACGUGCUGAACCCGGGACUGUGAGCAUACAGAGGCGACCAACGAAGAAGAAGCGGAGGAUGAAAUCAAGCGUAGUUGGCGCGCUACUACCUCUCGAGGACAUCAACAUAGCCGCUUCGGCUUCGACCGGCACCGAUGAUGCUUGGACGAGCCGACCUGCAGUGCCUUAUUCGCUGUCGACGCUCGGCUUCGCAAGGAGUAUUUGAUACUCCCUCUGUAUGUAAACUAAUAUAAGAUCAUUUACAUCACUCAUGUUCAUGUAGAAGCUGAAUCAUUCUUUUGUUGUGCGUCACAGACAUAUAUGAGUGUUUGAAAGUUGAGUUCGGUGUUAGAUUGUAUGGACACACAUGCUAAAAGGUAAGUUAAGUUCAGUGUUUGAAAGGUGAGCAUGCAUGAGAAAUUUCAGUGUCAUGGGAUGAUACAAUAGAUAUUGUGAUCGAAGCUUU